AUGCAGAGCGGCCAGCCACAUAUAAACUGCUGUAUUCUUACCUUCUUCCCAUCUAGUACUGUUGACUUCAUCGGAAGCUGCUAUUUUACUGAGAUCUGCAAAUGCAAACUGAAGAACAUCGCGUGUUUGAAGUGCGGUAACAUUGUCGGUUAUCAUGUGAUUUCUCCCUGCAAACCUUGCCUGCUGUCCUGUAAUAAUGGCCACUUCUGGAUGUUUCAUAGCCAAGCAGUCUUUGGCAUCAACAGACUAGACCCUUCUGGUGUGAAUGUAUUGCUCUGGGGCAACUUGCCAGAUUUGGAGGAAAGCACAGAUGAAGAUAUGUCCUGCAUCUCUGAGGAGGAAUAUAUCAGAUAAACAUCAUCUAUAAUAUACGACAGUAUCUUCCCUAGAUUUGUUGCAUUGCUGUUUGGUUUGGACUUCUUUUCCCCUACUGGCCUGUCAGAGCUUAAACAAUACAGGAAACCAGGAAAUCUGGAAAACAAGCCUAAAAAAGGAAGGUAUCAUCCUCCUUAGACUCCUGAAUCUGCCUGAAUCUUCUGUCUAGAGACACACGCCUUGGUUAGAUCUGGAAAUGCAGAUG